CCGAGCGGCGGCCACCUCGACUCCGGAGCCCGCGCGGAUGUGAGAUUCCGGGCUCCUGGCGCCUGGCGAUCACCGGCUACGGCGCGGCGCUGCUUCGCCCAGGAGGCGGCGGCUGGGCUUGGCGGGGUGGUUUGUGGAUUUUUAAUUUUUUUAAAUCAUUUUUUUUAAUUGCCUCCGGGGGAGGGGAGACUGUUUCCUCUGGAGAUGCAUCCCUCCGGAUAGACUGACUGCACAUCCCUCCGUCCAGCCCCCGCCCGCCCCGCGCGGCCGGAGACAGGCGCUGGGUGGGCGAAGAGGAUCGCGGGUGGAAAUCUGCGCCCCCCCAGCUCUUCGUCCCCGCCCCGUCCCCCCUCCCCCUGCCCUCUCCCUUCCCCCCUCCCGGAGUCGAAAUUUCCCCGGGAUUAUGUUUCGGAAAGGUAGGUAGAGCGCAGGGCGCCGACCCGGAGUAGCCAGCGAGGUGGCCCGGCAGCCCCCCGCGGCCGGCAGCCGAGCCCACAGCUCGCCUCCUCUUCUGGAGGUGCGGCCGGUGGUAGGGGGGGAGAGACUUGCUCCAAACACGGACGUCUCCCGGCUCUCCCCCCCUCCCUGUUUUCCGUUAGCAGCCGCGUUAGGAAAUACAUGCACUCGCGGAGAAUCGCCGGCGCCACGGCUCCACGCCACAAGGUGUAGGGAGUGAGUGGGGUGGGGCGAGAGCGGGGGGGAGGACCCAGGAGUCCCCAGACAGCUCGCGAGCCCGCCGUCGGGGCUUCAUCGCUGCCCUCGGGGCGGACGGAGUGAUCCCGGCCCUCCGCUCCGCGCUCCCCGCCCCGACCAUGGUAGUGUUCAAUGGCCUUCUUAAGAUCAAAAUCUGCGAGGCCGUGAGCUUGAAGCCCACAGCCUGGUCGUUGCGCCAUGCGGUGGGACCCCGGCCGCAGACUUUCCUUCUGGACCCCUACAUCGCCCUCAACGUGGACGACUCGCGCAUCGGCCAGACGGCCACCAAGCAGAAGACCAACAGCCCGGCCUGGCACGACGAGUUCGUCACGGAUGUGUGCAACGGGCGCAAGAUCGAGCUGGCUGUCUUUCACGAUGCCCCCAUCGGCUACGACGACUUCGUGGCCAACUGCACCAUCCAGUUCGAGGAGCUGCUGCAGAAUGGGAGCCGGCACUUCGAGGACUGGAUUGAUCUGGAGCCAGAAGGAAAAGUGUAUGUGAUCAUCGAUCUCUCGGGUUCAUCAGGUGAAGCCCCUAAAGACAAUGAAGAACGUGUGUUCAGGGAGCGUAUGCGCCCCAGGAAGCGGCAGGGGGCUGUCAGACGCAGAGUUCACCAGGUCAAUGGCCACAAGUUCAUGGCCACCUAUCUUCGGCAACCUACCUACUGCUCCCACUGCAGAGAUUUCAUCUGGGGUGUCAUAGGAAAACAGGGAUACCAAUGUCAAGUCUGCACUUGCGUGGUCCACAAGCGAUGCCAUGAGCUCAUCAUUACGAAGUGUGCUGGGCUAAAGAAACAGGAAACCCCCGAUGAGGUGGGCUCACAGCGGUUCAGCGUCAACAUGCCCCACAAAUUUGGGAUCCACAACUACAAGGUCCCCACCUUCUGCGAUCACUGUGGGUCCUUGCUCUGGGGCCUCUUGCGGCAGGGUUUGCAGUGUAAAGUCUGCAAAAUGAAUGUUCACCGUCGAUGUGAGACCAAUGUAGCUCCCAACUGUGGUGUGGAUGCCAGGGGAAUCGCCAAAGUGCUGGCUGACCUGGGCGUUACACCAGACAAAAUCACCAACAGUGGCCAGAGGAGGAAAAAGCUUGUUGCUGGUGCCGAGUCCCCACAGCCAGCUUCUGGAAACUCUCCAUCUGAGGAAGACCGGUCCAAGUCAGCACCCACUUCACCUUGUGACCAGGAGUUAAAAGAACUUGAAAACAACAUCCGGAAAGCACUGUCAUUUGACAACCGAGGCGAGGAGCACCGGGCAUCAUCAUCCACGGAUGGCCAGCUGGCGGGCUCUGGCGAGAAUGGUGAAGUGCGAGCUGGCCAGGCCAAGCGCUUGGGCCUGGAUGAGUUCAACUUCAUCAAGGUCUUGGGCAAAGGCAGCUUUGGCAAGGUGAUGUUGGCAGAACUCAAAGGCAAAGAUGAAGUAUAUGCUGUGAAGGUCUUAAAGAAGGACGUCAUCCUUCAGGACGAUGAUGUGGAUUGCACAAUGACAGAGAAGAGGAUUUUGGCUCUGGCACGGAAACACCCUUACUUAACCCAACUCUACUGCUGCUUCCAGACCAAGGACCGCCUCUUUUUCGUCAUGGAAUAUGUAAAUGGUGGAGACCUCAUGUUCCAGAUUCAACGUUCCCGCAAAUUCGAUGAGCCUCGAUCACGGUUCUAUGCUGCAGAGGUCACGUCUGCCCUCAUGUUCCUUCACCAACAUGGAGUGAUAUACAGGGAUUUGAAACUGGACAACAUCCUUCUAGAUGCAGAAGGUCACUGCAAGCUAGCUGAUUUUGGAAUGUGCAAGGAAGGGAUUCUGAAUGGUGUCACCACCACCACAUUCUGUGGGACUCCAGACUACAUAGCUCCUGAGAUCCUGCAGGAAUUGGAGUAUGGCCCCUCAGUGGAUUGGUGGGCCCUGGGUGUGCUGAUGUACGAGAUGAUGGCCGGACAGCCCCCCUUCGAGGCUGACAAUGAGGAUGACCUAUUUGAGUCCAUCCUCCACGAUGAUGUGCUCUACCCCGUCUGGCUCAGCAAGGAAGCCGUCAGCAUCUUGAAAGCUUUCAUGACCAAGAAUCCCCACAAGCGCCUAGGCUGUGUGGCCACACAGAACGGAGAAGACGCCAUUAAGCAGCACCCAUUUUUCAAGGAGAUCGACUGGGUGCUCCUGGAACAGAAGAAGAUCAAGCCCCCCUUCAAACCCAGAAUUAAAACCAAAAGAGAUGUCAAUAACUUUGACCAAGACUUUACCCGGGAAGAGCCAGUGCUCACACUUGUGGAUGAAGCGAUUGUGAAGCAGAUCAACCAGGAAGAAUUCAAAGGCUUCUCCUACUUUGGUGAGGACCUGAUGCCCUGAGAAGCCACUCCAGGUGGACUUCGCUGAUGCUGCAAGGGGGUUGCUGUGAAGAUCCUGUGUUACAGAGGCUCAGAAGGUCUUGAACUCCUCCUCCUCCCUGGAGCCCCAGUCCCAUUCCACUCUAUUUAUUGCAUUCCCUUACCCCAGACCACCACUUCCCCUACCUUCCUGGUGACUAGAAGGCACUCUUGGGUCUUGCCUCAUCAAAAACAUAGACUCAAGUUGGGUCAGCAGGUAGCUGUGCACACUGCCGUGUUUGGACUGUCCAUCCACAAGCCUGGUCCUACUCUUGGGGCUCUUGGCUAUGAAGCAACUUCAGUUCUUUAACCACAAAGAAAAAAAAAACUAAUCCAACAAGAAGACUUUUGGCUGUGCCAGUGGAUAUAGAAUCCUGACACCUCUUGCUUCUCAUCCGUCCUGUCCCUGGGCUAGCACCCCUGCCCUUCUUCCCAGAAGAAGAACGAAGACUUCUUCCACAUGAGGACAGGUACUUUGAGGUGUGCCUUGGAUGGAAUGAGCCUAAGAGAUGCAACAGACUGGCUAGCUGUGUCAGUGUGCUUGUGAAUGGCACAUUCUUGCUGCUUUGGUUUUAGCUUUUGAGCAUGCCAAAGUCUUACACAUUUGCAUCUCAUGGAAGAAAUCAUUCUUUGUGGGAGAAAAAUUUGAUUUUGAACUCUGUUAACAUUUGAAAAAUGAGUUACCAAAUUUGCUUUCUAAUUGGCACCAUAGCAAUUUCAACAUGAAUACAGGUAUAUAUUAAAGGGCUAAUGUACAGUGAGAAUCCAGUCAUUCAGGGUCUAUGCUGUCAAAGCUUUAGUUACACAUGGGAGCUAUGUUAAUCAAGAGAAAAGAAGGCAAGGAAUGCUCAUCAUUAUUAAAGUUCUACCUUGACACAAAAACCACCACAGCCAUGACCAAUACCCUGAGAUCCUAGCAAAACUUAGCUCCCAAAUUCUCCUUCCAGUUUCAUCCUAAAUUCCCAGCAUAAAUGCUAUUUAUUUUCUGCAGCAUUGUGUUGUAUUUUUUGUGCACUUCUACAAAAUGGUAGUACUACUGUGUUGUGUUCUUUAGACAUUAAACAUGUAAAGUUAACUAUGAAUCUGGUUUUGGAACAAGAGGACUAAAACUCAACAUGGGUUAGGCAGAAGUGUCAAGAGACUGAAGAGCGAUUGGUUUGAAACCUUGACAAGGUAACAAGAUGUGCCCAGAGUUUAAUUUCUGUGUGAUAUGCGAUAGCAACUCAUGUGGACACUAUUUAAUUGAUGUGAUCUUACCUCCUGUAGCUAUGCUAACAGUGUUAUAUUCUUUGAUUUCCAAGGAUUCUCUGUGGCUUUGUGUAUAUGUUUCCCAGAGGUCAUUUGAUUACCUAUUUUAUUGAAUUGAUCUAGCAGGGAAUGGAAUCCAUUCCAGCUAUUGCACGUGGAUUUCCCAGCUACCCCUAACUAUAUAUAUACUUGUGAGUGGCGAAGUGGCACUAAUGAAGCUUUUUGCCUUUUGUACAUUUGAGAUUUUUUUUUUUGUAUAUAGUGUUUGCUGCAAGGCCUGUGGAAUUCAUUCAUUGAAUAUAAAGGUAUCUGCUGCAUGUCCAGGCAUAUUAUAAAACUUUAGUCUAUGAAAGAGUAAUUAUUAAAAUGUCCAGGUGCAAUACUCUAUAAGUGUAUUGAUUCAAGUUACCGAGAGUUAGGUGUGUUCAUUCUUUUGGGGGGGAGGGGAGUCCUUUAUAUUGUUUAUUUCAUUUUGGUUUAAAGAAUGUCAACAUUUAUUAAGCUACAUUAAGUCUCACAUAUAGUUCUCCUGUGCUCUAUUAGCCCUGAUAGAGAUGGGAGAAAGAAAGGAAUGUUCUCAAUGGUGGUUUCAAAGCUUAGAUAGUGACUAUUUUGAGCCCAUAGCAAGUGUGUCCCUUAUUUGCAUCUGGCUGGUCACAGCCUUUGUUACUAAUGAUGACAUUUAGUUCUGUUUUGCUUUUAUUUUUAAAAAACUCAGGUGUAACUAUUAUCUGUCCUUAUGAUGAUUGCAAAUAUUAAAUAUUAUGCUGCAUCAAUCCAUGUGUUUGGCGUACCAGUGAAGUGAUGAACAUUAAUUUCUCUUCGGUAACUUGACGCAUUGAGGGCAGACUAUCUUCUGGAGCAGAAUACAAGCACAGAAACAUCUUCAUGGUGGCAUCAUCUCAUUUUUUUAGAAAGACGUGACAAUAUACCCAUCAUGCACAACUCUUCCUCUCUCUCUCUCUCUCUCUCUCUCUCUCUCUCUCUCUCUCUCUCUCUCUCUCUCUCUCCCCCCCCACCCCCACCCCCCUGCUUUCUUCAAAGUUAGGAACUUUGGACAACUAAGUCAGAUCUACCUGCCAUACCCAAGUGGUCUUGUUCCAGGACUAGGUGGUGUUUUCAUGGUGGCUGGGAUUAGGCCCUUCCUCUAGGACAACUAACAUAUUUGUCAGGAAGGCAAACAAUACAUUCCACCUGCAGCUCUAGGCAAUUGGCCAGCCUGGCUCUCCCUUUUAGCACCCAAAGCCUGGCUGGCUGGGCUACCUCUAGCUGAUAAAGUUCUUACAUAGAAAUAUUUAAAGCCAGUGGAGAUCUGUAGAAAAAGGCUUGUGUUUUCCUUGGGUGUACAUUGUUUCUCUCAUUUUCAACAAGAUUUUGGGCAAGGAGGAUAUGGCUCAGGGGUACAAUGCUUACCUAGGAUCCUAGCAUAUGUGAGACCCUGGGGUUCAUUGCUAUAGCAUCACACAUGGAAAAAAGUUGGGAAACAGACACAGUUACAUUUCUGUCAUUUCUACUAGUUCUUCAUAAUCUUUCUAGCCCCCCCUCCCCCCCUCUCUCCCUCUCUCUACUGCCUUUCUCUCUCAAAGAAAAAGAUGAAGUGCAAAAAAAGCCAAAAAAAAACAAAACAAAAACAUAUGAAGGAUAGCUGUUCUCCUGUGUUUUCUAAUUAUGGACUUUGUAAAGUGAAAACAUCAUUUUUUUCCUCCAAAGGUGAAAAAAAUGCAUUUUGCUUUAAAAAAUAAAAGAAGGCUAAAAAAUUACCUCUUUUUAAAUUAUGUGCAAAAUAAUUCUGGCUAAAUAUAAAAUGUAUUCAAUUUUAGGAGGUUUAUUUUGUGUUGUGAUGCUUUAUUUGUACACUUUUUUUCCUUUCUGGAUGUAAUUUUACUCUCUUGCCAUUCAUUAGUGUUAUUUCAUUGUAAACAUUAUUGUGCCAAAUGUACUGUAUUCAACAGGAUGUGAAUGUGUAUUGUUUCAGAACCUAAUAAAUACAACCUUAAGUCUUA